AUGCCAAAUCUCAUCUUCUUGCGUCUCAAAGUCUUCCUCUUGUUGGUCGCAGUUGUAUUGGCGUCUGAAAUCACGUCCUUCACUGACGCCAAAUGCACACGCUCAUGGCGUGCGCUCAACACCGUCAACGGAUACCCGGAUGGGCUGUGCAAACCUCUCAACGUGGCACAAGGCCAAAGCUUCCAGGUUCAAGAGCUGGAUCGAGGCUGUGCAGUGACUUUGUACGGCGAAAAUGAGGGCCCAUUAGUGUGCUCGAGUGCGAUCAAGAUCGUCGGCCACCUCGCUACCUGCUAUGACUCGUCAUGGGUGUAUUACUCGAUCGACGGCUGUUUGCCGCCCACCUCUUCGAGCGCAAAAGUGCCUUCGACCAAACCAACGGCAAUCGGUCCCCCUGCAACGAAAAGCGCAAGCGCGACGCCGGAGCCAAACGACCACACAGAAGUCAUCAUUGGAUUCUCAGUCGCAGGACUAUCAUGUGUCAUCCUGAGUCUCACCGGAGCGUUGCUCAUUAGGAUCAAGCGCGUGCAGAAUCAGACGCAGCUGCGGAGAAACAACAUCCUAAAGAAUUGUGGGGCGAUCAUGCGGCGGUCGAGAUUGGGCGAAAUAGUCGGUUCGAAGGGUUGA